UCCUCCUCUCCUUCUUCUCACCUGCCUGUGUGUCUCUUUGUUCAUGUGCCUGUCUGUCGUCUUUAAGCUUAGAAAUAUAGAGUGAACACAGAGCUCGGUUAUGGAGACCACGGUGGACCGGCGUUCCCGCUUUUACCCCCGCGAGAGGCACACAAACUCACCGGACACAUAAGGCGUCAAAGGACGGCACGCCGGGUUUCAGCGGAAAGCGCCUGUCACUGCUAGUUACCACAGCGGCGCUCGCAAGUGUGAUCUCCUUCAUCCAUCCUCCUCUUCCUCGCCGUCAGCACGUCUUGAAAAACAGAUGCCCUGCACGGGAAGUUACGGACUAAACACGGAUACAUUCUCCAAGUCGUCUUCUCCAAUUUCCCAGAAGCGCUCUCACCCGAAGGAUUUCUUCCUCUAUGAGCCAGCUCUUCACUGACCUCAAAAACAAGCUCUUUGGCCGCCCCAGUGAGAAGAGCUCCACCAACUCAGAUCGAGGCUUCUGAGAAAUGAGCUGCCAAUGUAAGUCCCUUGGCUGACCUCAGCGCUUCGCUGGAAAUAUCUUCAAAAGAAUCUCUCUUCUGGCCUGGAGGUCUUCUAGAGGGUUGGACCUCCUCGCCAUCAUGAAAGGCUUAGGGACCAACCGCAGCAGACACCUGUCUGAUUCCUGCGACACUUCUGCAGACCAUUCAGAGGCCCUCUUUUCUCAUAAGACCACCACACUUCCUCGCAGCCCUUACUUGCUGAGUCCCACAAUGGACCACUAUGGCACCAUGGACCCCCACCUUUACUCUUCAGCCAACCCAAGCUCCCUUCCACCAGAAUGCAUGCUGCCCCUCAACAACCAGCUGUCCAACAGCAGCACCUUUCCUGGGAUUCACUACAACUCCUAUGACCAGUCUGAUUUUUCUCCUCCUGGGGACAGUAUCGGAGGAAUAAGCACAGGGACCAUGGGGACCUCCAUGUCCAUGGGCAUGGGCAUGGGGACGGGAAUGGGCAUGGGCAUGGCAGGGCUGAGCGCACGAACACCUAUGAUUACAAGUGGCUCAGCAACAAUAUCACAUCAUAUGACCAAGAACCAGACCCCACCAAGUCUGCUUGAGUUUGAUAAACAGUUACCUGGCGGCCGUGAUGGAUUCAGCACAUUGCAGUUUCACCGAACAUCUGCUGCUGCUGCUGCCAAGCAGCGUACGGACAGUCCUGGUCGUAUUCGUUACAUGCUGCACUCAGUGCAGAAGCUCUUUGCGAAGUCGCAGUCCCUGGAGAGCCACAACAUGAAAGGAAAUGUUAACGGACGGUCGACCGGCAGUGGAGGAGGUUCAUCUAGUACGGAGGAUGGAGGGAAGCACAAUCGCAGAGCCAAAAGUAAAGAUCGGGGUACAAAAUCAGAAGCAACUGCCAAGCGACGGCCACGCUCCAACAUGUCGGGUUACUGGAGCUCGGACGAUCUGGACAGCAGCGAUUUGAGCAGCUACCACAACACCAUGGCCAUGAUGACUCUCGGGCGUCCAUCUGGCCCCGACAGCCACGGGGGGCAGAACAGAUACAUCCACAGUGGCUACAACACUAUCAGCUCAUCUAAAAGCAGCAGUGACUUAAAGUAUCAGGCACUUCCUGGGCCAGGGGGUGGAGGAGGUGGUGGAUUAAGUGGACUAGGUGGAUUAAGUGGACCAGGAGGUUUGAUGAUGAAUGAUAGUGACUAUAUGAAAGGAGGGUCAUGGUCCACAUUAACCAUGGGUCAACCAAGACAGGUUAUUCAGAAGGGCUCAGCUACACUGGACAGGUCCAUGCUCAAAUCCAAGUCCUGUCAACAAGAACUAACCUGCAACUACCUACAGGUUGGAAGAAGGGGUGACUGGAGCAGCUCAUUAGGUCGCAGCGGGGGUGCCAAUGAAAUCCCAUGCCGGCGGAUGCGGAGUGGUAGCUAUGUGAAGGCAAUGGGAGACAUGGAAGACAGCGAUGACUCUGAGGGAAGUCCCAAACCCUCACCAAAAACUGCUGCUCGGCGUCAGAGCUACCUCAGGGCUACCCAGCAGUCUCUGAGUGACCAGUUUCCCCCACGCAACAGAACCCUGGAAUACACCUUUUUGCAAGGGGAGCUAGAUGCCCUGUGGUCUCCACUCCACAGUGUGUCCUCUCUGCACCAGCUGGGCAGGUCAAUGAGCAGCUGUCUUCCAGCUCUCAGAGAGUUCUCCAAUAAUCGCAGCCUAGACAACCUAGACUGUAUCGGGAGUAUAGGCUCAUCUUUGCCACCAUGGGACGACGAUGACUUCAGCCAGGCUUGCAGUACCUUGGGCAGGCGCAUGGGACAGCUACGAGACCUAGAAAGGAGCCAUCAUUAUGAAGACCGCAGCUCAGAUUCUACAUUUAGAGAUUCCCGUUCCCAUUCUCAGGACAACUCAGAGCCUCCAGACCUACCCAUGCCAACGUGCUUCCGAUCCCGCAGCCACAGCUACCUGAGAGCCAUCCAGGCUGGCUGUUCCCAAGACGACGAAGUUGCAUCCAUUGACUCGGGCUGCUCUCCGCCUCCCAUUGACACCACGGUUCGCACCUACAGCACCAGCACUGACGAACUUUCUGGACAAUGGAAGACAUGGAAAGAACAGUUUGGCUCUUACCUGAGAGCCACAGGCUUGGACAAAGAACCAAAGGAGAAACAACUUGCAAUUUUUCUUCAGCGUUUUGGGACAGACAGACCACACAUCCUACCCCCACGCACAGUCUCCUCGUGCAUAACCACCUGUAAGAAAGCAGCUCCUCCACCAGUGCCACCCCGUACAACCUCCAAGCCCUACAUCUCAGUGACCGUGCAGAGCAGCACAGAAUCGGCCCAGGACAACUACUUGGACCAGCAGGACAGGAGGUCAGAGGUCAACAGCCAAUCUAGCCACGCUCAAAGCAAUUCUUCUGACAGCCUUGACAGCACCCGUGCCAACAGCCUGGCCCGGGGCAUUCCCCGCCCUCCGCACAUCAUCCCCACUCCUAUUGCUACCCCGAGAGAACCAAUUGCCCCCGCUACUGCAAAUGCUUCCACUGAGACAAGUGACUCUGUAGUCCAGCACGAACCCCUAAAAUCGGGAUUUAAUAAAGGAAAUCUUGCAGCAGAGGAGCCCCUAGUAGUCCCGGUGCCCAGGCGGAAACUUUCCUCCAUUGGCAUACAGGUGGACUGUAUUCAGGAAGUUGCACGAGAAGAGACUCCUCCCCUGACCAGAUUUCAAUCAAUUGGAGUACAGGUGGAGGACGGGUGGCAGCUCAGUCACUCCAGCAGCAUGGCCUCAAAGCACGAAACAGACUCAGACACGCAGGACAUCUCUAUCAUCUCCCAUGUAAUUAAUGCCAAACCCACUGAGAAGAAAGUCAUGGUCAAUUGUGCCAGUCAGUCCAUGAGCUCCCCUCCUGGACGAGACUCUUUAGACAGCGCCGACCCCACCUCUUCACCUCCACCUCCCAGGCAGAUUCUCAACCGCUCCACCACAAGAAGCAGCUCUUCCUCUUUUUCGGAAAGUCUGGACCCAGCGUUGGACCCCUCUUCUCUUCCACCGCCAGACCCCUGGCUGGACAGCGGGAAUAACAGCAGUGUCCCUCAGAGCGGAGGAGGGGGAACGCUGUGUCGGAGGGACGGCCAGUGGUUCUUGAAGCUACUGCAGGCCGAGACGGGACGCAUGGAAGGCUGGUGCCAGCAGAUGGAACAGGAAACCAAAGAUAACCAGCUCUCAGAAGAGGUGCUGGGGAAGAUUCGCAGUGCAGUAGGAAGUGCCCAACUCCUAAUGUCUCAGAAGUUUCAGCAGUUCCGGGGACUGUGUGAACAAAACUUGAAUACAAAUGCCAACCCACGCCCUACAGCCCAGGACCUGGCUGGUUUUUGGGACCUCCUUCAGCUAUCCAUUGAAGACAUCAGCCUCAAAUUUGAUGAGCUGUACCAUCUCAAGUCCAAUGACUGGCAGCCCGUGACAUCUGCAGCUGCCCAGUCAAAUUCUGAGCGGAAGGACGAGGAGAAGGCGGCGUCAAAGAAGCCUGGUAAGGUACGACCACCGCUGGGCCGCGAGAAGAGUGCCGACUCUUCAUCCAACUCUUCCUUGAGCUCGGCAGAGAAACAGCGACAAGAGGCUCGCAAGCGUCUGCUGGCUGCUAAGAAGGCUGCCUCGUUUCGCCAGAACUCGGCCACAGAGAGCGCAGACAGCAUCGAAAUUUACGUCCCUGAGGCCCAGACUCGUCUCUGAAAGAAACUGUGAGAGAGGGCCGUUGGGUUGGAACAAAGGACAGUUAAGUGUCAGUUAAACACCUGGAGAAAGGAGAGGAAGCUUUUGCAAUGUAAAUGAGUCAUCUCAGUGAAGAUGGGUACGGGUGGAGGGAAAAGAGUGGGAAAUUCCUGAGUUUGGAGGGUUUUGACACAUUCAUACAAUAAUAGGCUGGUCCUGGUGACUUCAAAUGAGCAAACAAGUCAUUGAAUAUUUCUCGGACCCAACGGACUUUGAAGCAGGAGACUCCUCAUUUGAGUCUUGCCAUUGAAAACCUCAGCUGAUGAACUUUAUCUUUUCUUGUUACGGUUCUUGAUAUCAUCAUAAAAAAUUGUUAAUGAAGGUAUUGUUAUAAUGACAAUUAUAUCCUAAAGAAUCUAUAUGAAGACUGUUUUAAAUGUUCCUGUAUCUCGGCUAUAAGAUAUUUUAAGCAGACAGAAGGCAAGCGUUUAUGCUUUUCUGUCUUCCAUCGUCCUGCUCUCUUCCCAGACCAUUGGCCAUCUUGUAGCUUUUGCACAACACCGCCUUGUGGCCAUCACAGACACUGCACACAUACCACAAACUCACCUGUGUGUCUUCCUCCUAUUUAUUUGUUUGUUUGUUAACUUUCUUCAUCAUUUGAGUUAUAUAAAAAUCAGUUUAGAUCAGGUUAUUACGAAUAGUUUUGGUGUGAUGAAACUGAAAGUCAGGUUUAAAGGGGUAUUUGUAUAGGUAGCAGUUACCUCUUGCGUAUGUCCUACAGAGUCGAUUGUGUCAAAGAUGUUUUUUAACAAACUUUAGGUUUAGUGUCUGAAUAGAUUUUGAAUGAGAACGCAUCCCAAUAAUCAGGCAAAGCUUGAGGACAUUUUAGGAUACGCACUACCGCUCGAAAGUUUGGGGUUUUUUAGAAAUGUUUUUGUUUUCUUUGUUUUGUGAAGAGAAGCUCACUUGUUUUAAGCUAAUGUAGCACUGACCAGCAGAAAUGUUAUAAUUGGCAGCAAUUAAUUACAAUUACCAACAUUUCAGGCAUACUUACCUUCACUCCUGUGUUCUAAUGGCAUGAUCCCUAAUACCAGUUUGUCAUAUUAAAAGAAUAAUUAUUAGGAAACCUCUUUCAGUUAUGUUAACAUAGCUGACAAAACUUGUGCCAUUAACAGAAGCCAUUACAUUACAUGCCAUUACAUUUAAUGUUGUUUCUUUCACUGUGGAUUAGAUGUUUAAAAAGACAUUUUAGAUAACUAAAAUUAAAACAAACUGGGGGGAAUUUAAGACUAUAACUGAAACAAUUUUGUGAACUUGGAACACUAAUAAAUAUAUAGAAAUAAAUAUAUAGAGGAGAUAUCCUUAAUUACUAUCUGUUAGUUAUGUCAAGAAGAGGCUUUGAUGUGUUUGAAACUCAGGAUCUCUGGACACUGUGAACCAGCUGCUUUCAAAAAGUUAUGUGAUUUUUAUUGUAAUACCUGGACUGAUUUUCCUAAAUCUUGUCUUUUAUUUAUACAGUCCAUAUAAUAUUAAUUUAAAUGGACACUAAACCUAAACAUUUUCAAAGAAUAGAAAUUACCGGUAAAUUGAAAUAAGAGAAUCACCCCUGGGAAAAUAACUGAAAAACAAACAGUCAAAAUAAAAGGUAAUUGGAAAUGGCUGAAGCAGGUCCAGAUAUUGUCACUUAAUAAAAACAUUUAUUGAUUCAUACAAUGUUUUGUUUUGUUUUUGUUUUUUUACUACUCUGAGAAGUGCAAACCAGCUCUAAAGAGAACAGAAAGAAUGAGAUAAAACCCUGUAGAUCAUUGCGCUAGGAGAUGUAAAUCACUCAUAAAUCAGAGUUUCUAGUCUUCUAUUGGCAGCUUUAUGAAAUGGUUCCCAUAAGAGCCAAAUCAUGUUGGUUUGUGAAAAGAACAGUACACACUGUUUAACUUUUCAGGCAUGUAAUAGGUAGUUCCCUUUUUUUUAAGAGCGUUUUGAGACUACUCUAAAACCCAUAAAGGCUGAUCUAUCAGGCUCUUAACUAUCCAAUAUUUUUAAUCAGCGAUACAGUUUUCAUAACAUUAUCAAAUAGGUCAGGAGCGCACUGCUUGCAUUACCAGUACCAUGUUCGCUUCUCGUGUUAAGUUAGAGCAGUCUGCCUGAGAAGCACGAGUCAGCACUCUGCAUCUAAAGACCCAGAGUGUCAGUUUUUUUCUCCCCAAGUGAAACAUGCAGCUCUCAGCAAAAUCAGUGAAAAAAAAUAAUCUAUUUAUAGUCAUGUUGUCAGGCUAGCAGCACUAUAACUGAUAUUUUUGGUAUAAUUUAAAGAUGUGGAAUAUAUCUGAGAAACGUUUUUCACAAAUGUGGAAAAAUGCAAGCUAAAUAAAAUGUCAUUAAUCCGAUAUAAUAUAGGAGAUAAUUACCAGAAACACAACGAGGGUUAUAAUUAUUUUAUUAUCAAUAAGUUACCAGAAUCUUUGACAGGGAACAUCUUUCCUGGUGCACUCUUUCUUUCUGUACUGUGUGUGAGCCACAACACUUUAUCGAGAUAGCUGUCAUGCAUAGAUAGAAGUUAGGUAGCUAUCUUGCACUUGCUGAUGUAAUCUGCCACUGGAGCACAGGAUUGAUCCCUUGAUAUAGAUUCCAGUAAUGAUUGAUUAAUACAUUUUGAUCUGCAACAUUUUUGUAAACCUUUACUUUAUACGCAGCGUAAGGUUUAUCCUGCAGCUGCCCUAAAUUAACAGUAUUGGCAAUUACAAAAAUCUUUUUUUAAUGUUCGUCUAAUGGUCAGUCCACCGGCAUGCGCACGCUCUUUAAUAAAAAUGAUGUGUUUAAUUCUAAAUAUAAUUAUUGUUGGUAACCAUGAAUUAUCAAAGUUGUUGUUUUGCAAAAGAGUUUUUUUUUUCUUUUUAAUGAAGAUCCCAUUUACUGUUAUUUGCUUGCAUUCAUGAAUUAGUUUUUGUGUUUGAAUGUUAUAAGUCUGAUUAAUUUCAGACUUGUCUGAGAAGUCCAGUGUACCAGCUCAAGUUUGGGUAUAUUUUGAUUGGUCAUUUUUAGUUUUAUACAUGUUUUCACAGAUGUGAAGUGGGAGUUUUGCAAAAUUACCUCAAACUUUUGAGGGGUAAUGUUUACCCGACAGAAUGACACGGGGAACUAUAUACCGAAUAUUUAUUCCUGUUGUUGGGACGAAAUCUUUCACUCCUCCUGGUGUCUUUUGUCUUCUCUUUUCCACUACCUUAGCAUUUUCUGUUUGUGCUGUAACUGCAGAUACUUAAAUAUUUGACUUCUUUAAGUGCUUUCAUCUAGGCUUCAUGCAGCAGGCACAGUGAGCAGGUUUCGUGUUUCCAGAAGUGUUUUUUGAUUUUAUUUUGCUUCCCAUCACUCAACAAAAUAACGAAAUCAAAGUUCAUUGUUACAUUAUCUCCCCCCCCAUCAGAGGAGCACCCAAAAUACCUGCACUUAUUUUUAUUCAAAGAAGACUUUCUUAUUAAAGCAUUACAUACAUUAGUGAUUGUGUUUUAAUCAUUUAUUCAGUUGCUUUUUUUUCUUUCCACUGAAGACUGCGUAAGCCAAAGAUGAAUUCACUGUUUUAAAUUCAUCUUGUGUAUUUAAAUGUCAGCUUCAAGGAACUCAAAUGUCGACUGUGAAAAUAGAUUAAGUACACUGUAGCCAUAGCAACAUAUAGAUUUAAAGAUUUUGAUAAGUCCAUGUUUGACAGCAGAACUGGCCAUCACUUGUGGAUCAAACCUCUUCGUUUGGUUCAUGAACUUAGGAGUUUGCAUUUUGAAAAGCAUCGUUUCUGAAGUCUGCAGCAACAGGGGCUGAUUUUUCUUUUUCUUUUUUUUCACUCAAGAAAACAUAUGAUGUCUCUGCCAUGUGUUUACAGUGAAAUUACAUAGCUGGCAUUGCAUAAUUUGCAUGAAGGGGACACAUCGCUUUGAUUGCACAUAUCCCCUCACUUUAGAUUUUUACACUGCGAGUAGCAUACCGAACCAGCGAGUCACCCCUGACAUGCCUUAGAUCAACCACUGUCAUUUGCCUGUCUUCCACUUUCAGUUGGUAAGCAAACAAACUCCAACUGUCCUCUCCUAAUUACUUGCCACUGGCCUUAGCUGUUGCAGUGUCUGUUUCUCACCUGCUGUGAACCAGAAGUACAUAAUUUGAAUUGGAAAUACCAAGUAAGCACCACUUCUUACUCUUGAUUGCUCACCAUUCUUUCGCUGUUGUGUUUGCCUGCUGGGGAUGUCUCUCAGCCAGAAAAAUGGCACAAAGGUGUCAAUAGUUGGCUCCGUGAUGGCUGUCAGUAUACCCCCUUCCGUUUGACUGGGGGUGAAUAGGGCCGUUAACAUCUGAGGCCUACAGUGUGACUCAAACUUGGUGGUUGGCUUGAUUUAAUUUCUGACUGUCUGGAAGAACUCGUCUGAUGAAAUCUUCUCCUAAAAUAAGCAUAGAUGUCUCUUCUAUAUGUAAGCAGGGCGGCUUCUAGUGGAUAUAUAUGUAUCAACGACAAGAUGACAGUGUCUUCACUCUAUGCACUCACUGCCAUGUUUUACAAUACCUAAUAAUUAUGUAAUAUGUUACAUAAUUUCAUGUAUCAUUUUCUUUUCUUCAUAUUUUUCCCCCACAUAUUGCUUGCUUGCACAAAACCGUAGGACUUGAAUGCAGGUAAAACACAAAUGUGGCAUCUCCGGCGCACUAAGGGGAGGAGGCCAGGAACACAGAGAAAGUUGUUCUGUGAUCUGUUUCAAACUGAGAGUCGAGACUUUUUCCAGCCUGCUGAUGACUGUGUCUGUGUGUGUGUGUCUGUGUGUGUGCAUGUAUGGGAAACCAGGGGAUGUAAGUGGGGUACUUAAAGAGACAAAAGAAAGCUCAUCUCAUACAUUUAAACAAAGCUGUUCUUUAGCACACAAAUAAUCACUGGGGCACACCUAGCUGGAUUUCCUGGGUAGGUUUAUCAGUGACUCGCUCAGUGGCACUGUGGGGGGAUUGCUGCUCUAAACUAUUGAUUUUUAUGGGUGAUAAUGAAUGGGCUUUUAUUUAGCAUCACACUAAAUGCAUGAUGAGUUUCAUAUCAGAGCAUAGCUUUGAUGAGCAGUCUAUAUUUUUUUCUGUGAAAGGGUAAAAGUUUCAUUUUGGGAAUCCAAGUUUGAUACAUGUUUGCACAUUUAAAUGUGUUUCCAUCAGACAGUGUGAAUCUAGUGAAACUAACCCCACGCAGUACUCUGAAGAGAGGGGGAGGACAAAAAGCUCUUUCGUAUCCCUUCAUUGUUUCUCUGACUUUGGAAUAUAACUGGGAAAAGGGGGUGAAGGGCAGGGGCAAUACUCUUUUAAACAUGAGAGAUAUGAUGUAGCAAAAAGUGUCUGUACAAAUCCUAGAAGAAAUACUUUAUGAAGCAAGCACAUACUUUAAAUCUGUUCUUUAAACUACUCUUAUAGGCUGUGUGUAAUUCAAGGUCUGUGGGUUUAGUAAAACUGGUUGUGCUGUCUGAGACAAAGUUGUGAGUGAGUGGAUGUGCUCAUAAAGUGAGAUUUACUUAGAUUCUUGUCACUAUACUCUGGUAAUAUUUAAAGUAUAUGCGCAAUACUGAGUAAAAGGGUUGUUUGAUAUUAAGACAAAACUAAUAAUCUUGCAUUUCUCCCCGUGCUUCUAAAAAUGUCUUCUGUAAAUAAGAACAAAGUCGGACUAAAAUCCCCAUCUUUUACAAUGCUGUAGAGCUAUUUAUACUAUUUCAAGGUUGUUCAAAUGUAUAAUGCAGAGACCUAAAAUUCAAUAAAUGCACACAGUACUU